AUGAUGGUUCCCGUGAUGAAGAAAGGCUACGGCGCGUUUGGCGGGGCCACUCUGGAGAAGUCGAAGCUCGACCUCUCAUUCUCCACCGCCAAAACCGGCGCGCAGAACGGGGAGGUGUUUGACCGCGCGUCCGUGCAGGCGGUGCUGGAGGAGUGGUUUCGAACCAUGGCGGACCUGCCUGCUGGGAUUCGGCGGGCUGUGGAGCCGGGCUUGGUGAGUUCAGCGCAGGUGGCGCGGCUGAUGAGCAUGGACGCACGACCCACCAUUGCCAGACUCAUCUCCCGCCUCGCCCCUCCUGACCUCUCCCGCGCCUUCAUUGGCAGGUGGGUGUGGUGGGAAUAUGGUACGUGUGGUGGGGAUGUGGUGAGUCUAAUGAUGGCAGACCCAGCCUUCCUCUUCAAGCUCGCACUCGAGCAAGCGGCCACCGUCGCCACAGCAGUGCGUUGGGAAGUGCAGCAGCGGCGCGGGCAGCAGAACGGGCAGCUGAACGGGCAGGACGGGCAGGGCGUGAAGUCAAAACUUGUCAAAGAAUGGCCCCUAGCCCUGACCAACGUCCUCACUCUCUCCCUCUGCAACCUCGCACUCGUAUGGUGCCUCUCCCCCUCUCGAUCCUACGGCUCUACUGCCACCAAUGAGUUGCAGAUGGCGCUGCAAAAACUGCCCAAUAAUGUUUUCGAUCGCAGCUACGCGCUCCGGGAAUUUAAGCUGCCCGAGCGGGUGGGAAGUUUCUUCUUCAACGCUGCCCGGCUGAGCUUGAUUGGCUCAGCAGUGGGUGCUGCUGGUGGGGAAGCUUCAAAUACUAUACUGAAAGUGAUGCAAGGGAGGAAGAAAGCAGGAGCAGGAGCGUCACAAGAGAAAGAGGGAGCAUCUUCCAGAGGGAGUGGGGAGGCGGAUCAGUAUCAACCAUCUGUAGCGGUGCCAUCGCCAGCAAAGUCGGCUGUAGCAUUUGGUGCUUUCACGGGACUCUCCGGGAACCUUCGGUACCAGCUGCUGUAUGGGGCGGACAGGGUGUUACAGGAGCAUUUCAACCAUAUCCCUGUGGCCAUCCUCGGCACCACUGCCCUGAGGGUCGGCAACAUACUGCUGGGGGAGCCAUCGCGCCUCUCCUGGCUCGGGCUGGACAGCGAAUCUGUGCAGCAGGCACAGGCAGAGCACCGAGCCUACCACCGACCCUCGCUCGCAGGCUCGGGGAAGAGGCUCGGCACUGCUCCUGCCAUCCCUAAUGCACCUAUCGUUCCUGCUGUUCCACCUAUUUUUGCCCCUUACCAGUCAAUCACGCCCGUCUUCCAUCCGCCUGCUGCUCUUGCUUCUGCACCAUCCUCUGCAGUCUAG